AUGGAAUUGGCUGAGAUGGAUAUUGAACCAAACAGUGCCACAUUUGAAACCAUGCAACGAAUCAAACAAGAGACUGCCAAAGACCCGGUUCUGGCAUCCCUGUGCAAUGUAAUUACUAGUGGGUGGCCUGCAGAAAGAAAGGAAGCGCCAGAGCAACUAAGGCAGUAUUGGAGCUUCAGAGACGAAAUUUCUAUUUACGAUGGCGUAGCCUAUCGAUCUCACCAAGUUAUUGUCCCUUCUACCCUGAGAGAAGAGAUGUUGCAAAAAAUACACAAAGCACACUUGGGGGCCGAUAGCAGUAUAAGAAGAGCACGUGAGUCUCUUUUUUGGCCCGGAAUGCAAGCAGAAAUCAAGGAAAAAUGCUUUUCAUGUGGACUUUGUGCCCAGUACGCUAAUGAGCGGCCACAGGAACCAAUGAAAUCUCACACAAUACCUACCAGGCCAUGGCCAAAAAUAAGUGCCAACCUCUUCCAAUUAAAUGGAAAUAAUAACCUCGUAAUGGUCGACCAUUACAGUCACUGUGAUUACAUUGAACUUGACUCUCUCAGCGGAAACACCACGGCUAACUCAGUGAUAAAAGCAAUGAAGCGUGAGUUUGCUCGCCACGGGAUCACAGACGAGUUGAUAACAGACAAUGGCCCGCAACUCGAGAGUCACGAAUAUCUAAGAUUCGCUCAAGAAUAUGGCUUUACCAUAGUCAAAUUAUCACCUUACUACAGCCGGGUAAAUGGGAAAGCGGAGUCAGCGGUCAAAAUUUCCAAGGAGAUCCUGAAGAAAUCUCGAAAAGAGGAUCCUUAUCUGGCUCUCCUGGAGUACAGAAACACGCCUCAACAGGGUCACAACUAUUCACCAGCUCAGCGUCUCAUGUCAAGAAGACUCAAAGAUGUCAUCCCUACAGCAGACCACAAACUCACCCUCAGGCAGCGUCGCCAAGUCUGGUGA